CGUCUGCUGAUCAAGCAAGCGUGCCGGGUCAGAACAUAAACUUAAUAUGUUUAAUCGAGUGACUUUUUAUCAUUAUAUUUACUCCAUACAUAUUGAGAAUUUAUCUAAGGAAUGCAAUAGACAGUUACUUAAACGGAUUGGUUGUGACUUAUUCAGUCUGUUAAGUGUGAGCCUUUGAAAGAACGAUGUGUCUCCAUGUAACUCGACACCUCUCUUUUCAAAUUGUGCAAGAGUAUACCUAAAAUAUUUGAACGCAAGAGGAACAUAACGCGUGCAGCUAGGGUAUAAAUAAGACUACAUUUUUGGAAAACUGUCAUUCGACAUUUUUUAGUUUGAAUGGUGUCUUUCCCAGUCUUAGGCGAUAUAUAAACGCGUGCAGACGGUUACUACGAAUUCGACAUAAAGUACCGUCUUAAAUAAUGGGACGCCGCAAUCUUAACAAUCGCCGGGUACGCCGCUCCCGAGGAAGGCGAGGACGCGGUCUCACAUGGAGCCUCAACAUGGAGCUGAGCGCACUUGGACGCCGCUUCGUUUCCGUGAACGGUAACCGCCCCUCGUGGUUACCCGGUGGGUCAGAUGACAGAGACUCCGAGCCGGACACCGACGAGACCGCACCCGAUAAGAGUGCACCGGAAGUGCUGAGUGUAGCGGCAGUAAACCUCGACAUCCGGUCUAACGUGCAGCGCCACCACACGGCGGAGUUCGACAUCACAGACGCUGCAGUGUACGACGAGCGGGAGUUCCUUGUCGCACGACGCGGACAACCAUUUACCAUGAUCAUCACGUUCAAUCGGAAGUAUGACCCGGGCGCAGACGACCUUCGCUUUGUUUUUCAGUUUGGAUCCCGUCCGCUUCCCACCAAGGGGACGCAUGUGGAGUUCAUUCUCUCGGCGGAUGACGUCAAGGGCGAGUGGGGUGGAUGGAUCACCGGCGAGGCCGAAAACGCUCUGACAGUGGAAAUAACGACCCCGCCGACGGCGUUCGUCGGCAAGUGGUCAAUGAAGAUUGACGUCGUGAAGCGUUCCGACACGUCCAUUAACGUCUAUCGAUAUGAGCACAAGGACCCGAUUUAUGUCCUGUUCAACCCUUGGUGCAAAGAGGAUGGAGUGUUCAUGAAGGACGAACAUCUCUUGAACGAGUACAUUCUUAACGAGACGGGCAAGAUAUAUUCGGGCAGCCACAAAAGGAUCUCUCCUAAGCCAUGGGUGUUUGGCCAGUUCACGGGUGACGUACUGGACUGCUGUCUUUACCUGUUGGACAAGAGCGUUAAGGAUCAAGCCCGAGGAGAUCCGGUGGUAGUUUCGCGCGCGAUCUCAAAACAGGUGAACUGUCCCGACGACGACGGUGUUUUGGAGGGGAACUGGAGCGGAAAAUACACGGACGGCACCUCACCGCUGGACUGGACCGGAAGUGUGGCCAUACUUGAACAGUUCUAUAAAACAAAGACGACCGUCAAGUUCGGCCAGUGCUGGGUAUUCUCCGGACUAGUGACCACGGUGUGCCGUGCUCUUGGGAUUCCCGCGCGCAGCGUGACGAACUUUGCGUCUGCGCAUGACACGGACGGGAGCAUCACCAUUGACAGCCACUACGACGCGGAAGGGAACCCACUCAAGGAGUAUGACGACGAUUCCGUAUGGAAUUUCCACGUGUGGAACGAUGUGUGGAUGUCGCGACCGGAUCUUCCAGCUGGUUAUGGCGGAUGGCAGGCUAUUGAUGCGACGCCACAGGAAACCAGCGAAGGCGUAUAUUGCAUGGGCCCCAUGUCCCUGAGAGCCAUCAAGGAGGGCAAUGUGAACCUGCCCUAUGACGGCCCCUUCGUGUUUGCGGAAGUGAACGCCGACAAGGUCGUCUGGAUCCUCGGCAAGGACGGGGCCAUGGAGCGCAAGCAAGUUGAGAAAAACAGCGUUGGCAAGUUCAUCAGCACUAAGAGAGCGUUCGGUCGCGCCACCUGGCGGGAGAUGCUGCACGGGGACCCGGACCGAGAGGAUGUCACCAACCAGUACAAGUUCGAAGAAGGCUCCGAGGAGGAAAGGGCCGCUAUCCGACAGGCAAGCAAGUUCUCAAAGCGGACGGACGUGUAUGAAACCACUGCAGAGGAUGUGAAACUGUCGGUGGUGAGUGACCCGGACACGUUCAUGGGUAAUGACAUCAAGCUGACCGUGACCUUGGAGAAUACGGGUCAGGAGCGGCGCACGUGCAACGGCACUCUCGUACUCGGCAGCAUGUACUACACCGGCGUCUUCCACCGGGAGCUGCUUUCCCGGAAAAUUAACGCAGUGGAGUUGGUACCCGGCCAAACGAAGAGCAUGGAGUACAGCGUGCCAGCGACCCAGUACCUGGACGACCUAGCAGACCACUGCCUGUGCAAGAUCUCGUGUGUCUGUAUCGUCAAGGAAACGAGGCAACACUGUGUGAUCCAGGACGAAUUGCGCCUGCGCAAACCGCACCUUAACAUCAAGGCGCCGGACGCUGUCAAGGUCGGGGACAGUUUCUCGGUUGAGGUAUCGUUUGAGAAUCCCCUUCCGGUGACCUUGACCCAAUGCGAGCUGCGCGUUGAGGGACCGGGUAUUCAGAAACCUGUCGUCUACGCACAAAAUAACAUUGACGCCAAGAAGACGUUCCUGGGGACGUUUAAGAUGACGCCAGUAAAGGUAGGCGCCAAGGAGAUUGUUGUGUACUUCAACUGCAGACAGAUUUCCGCAAUUACCACGUCACAUCCGGUCACCGUAGCAUAGUAGUGGAAACAGAGUAUGCGCGGUACAACGAAAUAAAACGCGGUGUAGAUGACAAUCCAAAUUUUAAUUAAUCGCCAAUUUUGGUUUUGCGUAUUUUUGUGCAUCAAUUAUAUGUUCUUUGUAAAUGUUCAUAUAUGGUUUGGACAAUAUUUAUCUGCGUUCCAUUAUAUAUACACCUAUGCAGCAUGUAGCUGUAGCCUAUACAAUUCUGACGCAGGAUAGAGCCGAGUAGCUUUCAAACAUUUAGAUAUAAAGCUCAUGUGAAGUGUGCUGGAAAUGUGUUGUUGUUUUCAUUUGAGGUAAUACGUAUUAGUUAAGGGUAAUUAAUUAUGAAAACUCAUUUGUGGUUAUAAAAAUAUGCGUCAUAAUUAAGUUGUGAUAAUAAAUCGCAUGCCAAAUUUUAUUCCAUAAAAUUGACGAGAACCGAUUUGUAUUAUGCAGUGAAUGGUGAUCGUUAAGCGGUCAUAAGCGUGCUGUCAUUGACAAUUACUCACUGCCAAAUUAUAUCACUACUUAUAUUAUCACUACGUGCCACGUUGUACGUUGGUUUUCAAAUUGCUUCAAUACUUAAAAAAAAUCCGAAUCAUUGAUUAUAUAUAAAUUACAAUCAAAAGUUCGCUAGUUGAGACUGCUGUUCAUGAUUUUAUCGAUUCCAUAUUAAUAAAAGACCGCCCAAAACAAAAUGUAUUUUUUAUUUAUGUGUUUAUUUAUAUACACUUUAAUAAUAAAAAUCUAACUAAAUGUGUUUUUUAGGUACACAGUUUUUCAAGUCAAUUUGAUUCAAGUCGUUUUGCAACCCCAAUCGCGCUAAACGUGAUUUGUUUUAGUUGUUGUUAUUAUUUUUGUUUGUGAUUUGUCAUUUUGAUAUAAUAAAAGAUAUCUACUAUGUUUUCAUUUUUUUUACGCCUUUUCAUUAUAGUAAUUUUAGUGAACCGACAUUUUUCAUUAGUGUUAUUUUAACUUUAUGUAAUGUGUGCCAGUAAAGCUUAAUUACUGUGAAAUCAUUUAUUUUAGCCAGCACUAAAUUUCGUCAUUUUUAUAACAAUGACGUUUUCGUCAGCACUUAAAUUCGCCAAUUCCUGACUUUGAAAAAAAAUGCUUCAGUCAAUAUCCGGUAUGUUUGUCCGAAAUAAAUCGCGGUUGCAAAAAUUCGUAGUGAAGAAAGAUGAAGGACAUUUGAGAUUCACUUGCAGGUGGUGGGGCCUGUUUGUCACAUGUCAAUAUACUAGUCUUUUGUUAUCAGGUGACCAGUAAUUUGCCCCCAUUAGUGUAUCAUUAUUAUGAUUAGCGGAUUAGUGGGACCGAAUAACCGUUUACGAGUGUUUGAAACCCGGGUUUAGUGAAGUCAGUUGCCAAUUGGUCCUAUUCAUUUAUUAUCAUGGCCAACCUAUAAAACAAUCUUACCUUUAUCGGCGAAAAUAAGAGAAGGUGCGAAGAUUAUUGGUUAAAAUAAGUGUUAGCAAACGGUUUGGUCAGUUUUCAAUAAAGUUUCAAGAGUUUAGCAUCGUAAAUAUUUGAUCACUUUAAGUACAAUAAUUUUCGGAAGUGUUAAAUUAACAGUGCAUUAUGGGACAGCGGUUUCAUAGGGCAAAGUUCAGAUUUAAUUGUAACAACCAAUGGACGAGUGAGUUUAAAUUAGAUUGAAUGCAAUAGGAUACAAAGAAAUGUUGUAUUGCGUCAUACUCAGUCAUUCGAAACGCGUGCUUUCCGGGGAUUUCCUGGAAAUCGCGCAAAAAUAAAACUUAAUUUUUGAAAACAAUUUCCGUACUUUUGGAUGGAACUAAUAGUCAUGAUUGCUAAUUCCUCUUUACCUGUUACGUUUUCAAUUGCUACAAGUAACAAUUAUUUGAAACAUGUAUCGUAAAACUUGCAAAAGAUGUCGAUGAUUAGAAAGAUCGAUAGCCCAUAAAACGAAGCACAAGCUACUUUUACACUUGUAUUGUAGUUCAACGCAAACAACCAAACACAAAUCAAAAUGUUCUGUACUUAUUUGUAAUCAAUGCGGAGCAUAUAAACGGUAAGUAUAUAUAUCACCGUCUUUUAAUUUUGUUUAUUGUUUUUGAUCCUGAUCUAAUUCGGUGCGUGGAGGCUGUAUAAUCUUAUGCAACAACACUGAAAAACACACUACAGACAAUGGGUAAUUAAGUUGUUAACAAUUAGCGCUUAUCUUUACAAUUCUACCUAAACGAAGUCGAUACAGCUGUACUGCUUACGCGUUUUAGAGAAAUGUCACGUGUAAGUUAAGUACACUGUGUGAUCUCCACCAUUUUGUGUCAAACCCGGAUUUAUCUUGAUUACGUAACAGACAGAGUAUGAAUGCGUGGAUAGCGUUGGAUUUUAGUGCCUCAUGCCUUUGAUAAUUCAGUCUUAAUUUGUUCAAAUAUGGGACAUUAUUGUUCGUAUGGAUCUUGAAUUCGUCAAUCGGUCGACUGACGAAAUAUACGAAAAUUAAUGCCUGACGAUAUAAAAUGGUUUCACAGUAAUAUCUUAUUUUCUCGAAUUCAGAAUUCGCUUAUUUAUUGUGUGUGAAUGCGUAUGAAAUUGUAUCAGCUUUAUAUAAUUAUACAGUAUUAUUGUUCAACAAUUUAUGUAGAACUGUGUUUCUCCAGCACACAGUACCAGAAUGUUCUGUGUGUACAUGUAUUCAUUAUGUUGUUUACGGCUGCUAGGUGCAUUUAUAAUUGUUUCGAAAUAAACAGAGCUAUAUGUA